AUGAACAAACUUAAGCAUUUAUUUUCACCUAAUUCUACUUCUCCGACUACUAAUACGGAUAAUAAAAAUCAAAAACAUGGUUUCUUUCGUCGUGCAAAUUCUGGUUCAGUUAUAAAAGAUGAUUCAAAAAAGAAAAAAUCUUGGAGAUCUCAUCGUUCUUUAAAUCCUCCUUCAAAAAAAAAUGAUUCAAUAGGCGCUGGCGCUUUAUACUUGGAUACCGAUAUUUCUAAUGAUAAUAAUGAUCUACAACAACAACAACAAUUUACUCAAUCUCCGGUUGAGGAUUUUUUAAAAGUUCCUGGUUUAGAUAAUUCUAUAUCUUUACCUUAUGAAAUUAAUUUAAAUAAUCCUCCUCCUCCUCAAUCCCCAACUACUCGUCAAAAUGAAGCUGAUGAUUUUAUUCAACAAGCUAUACAAUAUCAUGAAGCUAAUGAAUUAGAAAAAGCUACUUAUUAUUUUAAAUUGGCUGCUGAAAAAGAUAGUCCUUUGGGUUUAUUUUUAUAUGGUAUUGCUCUAAGACAUGGUUGGGGUUGUAAUCCAAAUCCAAAACUUGCUGUACGGUAUUUACAAAAAGCCGCUGAAUCUGCUGUUACCGAUCUUCAUACUUCAGUAGCUGCAAAUCCAAGUAUAGCUCGCCACGAGUUAGUGUUGGCAAUUUAUGAGCUUGGUGUAUGUUUCCGGCAUGGUUGGGGUGUACCAAAAAAUAAACAUACAGCUGUAUAUUAUUUCGAAAUUGCUGCAAAUCUUGGGGAUCCCGAUGCUCAAAAUGAACUAGGGUCUUGUCUUGAACAUGGUGAAGGAACAAAAAAGGAUAUUAAAAAAGCUGCUAAAUAUUAUCGAAUGGCUGCUGCACAAGGUGCUGGAAUAUUAGGAAAUUCAUGGAUAUAUAAGAAAAAAUAUGAUGAAUAA